AUGCCCUGUGUCCUGCAUUUACAAAAUUGCCGGUAAUCGAAUUUGCAGACAACGACUCAGGAAAUUUCAUUAGGAGUGUCAUGAGUGCUUCAGAGAAAGUCUUGAGUGAGCCAUCUAAUAAUUUCACUGGGCAGAAUGAAUCCAUGAACGUGACCAACGAUAGUAACGAUAGCUUAAAACAUGGCACACAGAGCACUAAUGACUCUGCAAAUCGAAAACGCUUUAAAGCAGGAGUAGACCGGGAAGAUUUGGAAAAUCUGACUCUUUCAAAAACGAGUGCUUUUGACCUGCAGGCUGCUGAACUGGUAAGAGAAGUGUCAGUCAGCAACAAGUAUUUGAAAGUAGCUCUCUCUCUUGUUGAAAAGUUAAAGAAAGUUUUAAAGGGUGUCCCUGAUGAGGAGGAAUCCAAUUUUUGGCAAGCAUGCAAUAAGUUGGAGAAGUCUGGUACCGUUAAAGUACCGCUACACAAGCCUUAUCCUGCUGAAGAUACCAAUAUUAAAGUGAAGUCUUCAAGUCCAGUAUCUAUUUCACCGGGUAUUCUUUCUUGCAGCGGAAAGCAUUUUUCAACUCCGAAUGGUUGGGUGUACGACUUACUGGUUGAAAUGCCUCAGACUCUGUUUACGCCGAAAGAUUUUUUGAACAACCGUUAUUUUCACAAGCGACAAUACUUCCUAGCAUGUUUGGCUAAAGAGAUUGUCCAGAAAUUGGGCAGUGAUGUUGAGGUAAAGUAUGUCGCUCUACAUGGGGAUGUCCGCCGACCUAUAAUAAAAAUAAAACCAGUGAAUGAAGAUUCUUCUGCACGCAAAAGAUUUUCUAUUGACAUAAUACCUUGUGUUGCUCCGUUUUUCCCGACAUCUAAGUUGCUGGCCCAUAAAAAUUGUUUGAGAAAUCUUUCAGCUGAUGAGGAGUUGCUUCCUACUCCGUUCUAUAAUGCUUCAAUUUUGGAGGAUCAAUCUACGUUAUAUUAUCGUGACUUGGUUAAAAAGUACAGUAUUAAUUCUCAGUUUAUAGAGGCUUGCGGUUUGGGCAGUGUCUGGUUAAACAUGAGAGGCUUCUGUUCUGGCAUGCAUCAAUAUGGAUUUGGACAUCGGGAAUGGUGUAUAAUGCUUUCUCUUCUUAUGAGCGCUUCAGGGCUUCCUACUGGUAGUGUCUUAUCUGCAUACUUGAACGCUACACAGCUGUUCAAGGGCGUUUUGCAGGUCCUAUCUUCAGACAGUCUUUCAAACUCGUUACAUAAAGUGAAUCACGACAAAUCUCCUUUGGCAAUUGUUGACCAGUCUUCGCCUACGUUUAUCGAUUGUUCGACUGGUUUAAAUUUACUAUAUAAAAUGAACCAAACUUAUCUUGAUUGUUUAAAGACCUCAUCUUUGCAUUCAUUGAAGCUCUUAAAUGAAAAUGAGAUUGUAAACUUUCCAAAGGUUUUCCUUACGCGAGUGAAUGUUCCUAUCCUUGAAUUUGAUGUCUCUGGUACCAUCCCUGUGCAUUUAGAAACAACUUCUGAAAAUUAUACCGAUUUGACGGAUUUGGAUUCUAAAUUCUCAUAUUAUAUAUCACAAUUAUGGAAUAUACUGCGUAUAGGUUUGAACGAUCGAGUGAACAGACUUGUUUUAUCACAGUCUGAGGUUAUUUCGUCUGAUGUAAAGGACUUGUUAGAAAACAGUUAUCCAAGUAAAAUUUCGUUUGGACUCUUGUUAAAUUCAGAAGUGUCUUUGCGAUUGGUGGAUGUCGGUCCAUCUUUGGAAGACAGUGAAGCUACUACGAAAUUUCGUGAAUUUUGGGGAGAAAAAUCUGAAUUAAGAAAGUUUAAGGAUGGCAGAAUAGCGGAAAGUGUAUAUUGGGAAUCCUCAACGCCUAGUGAGCGUUCCCAGAUUCCCAUGCGGAUUAUAAGAUACGUCGUGGAUUGUCAUAUAUCAAACAAAUGCGGUGAAAUGGUGAAAUUUCAUAAUGAAGAGUUUCAAAUAUUUAGUCAUGCUAAAUUGUCGCCGAAUGUUGACACGUACAAUGAUUAUGUACCGGUAACGGAAGCUUAUAACGAAGCGGUUAAGACACUUCACAAUUUCUCUGAUAUCCCUCUUAGUAUAUCGGAAGUUCUUCCUGCAGAUGAAGCAUUAAGAUAUAGUUGCAGUCGCGUUCCUGGUUAUGACACGUUUGCGACUACCCCUAUAAACAUAGUUUUUCAGUUUGAAUCUUCUUCUCGUUGGCCAGAUGAAUUGGAGGGCAUCCAAAGAGCAAAAAUUGCAUUUUUGCUAAAGAUAGCUGAAUAUAUGGAGGGAUUGGAAAAUGUUGAAAAAGCGGCUGUAGGACUCGAGAAUACGGAUCAUCCGGCUUUAAAUUGCUGCUUUUUACAAGUUCUAUAUACAAAUGGAUUUACCUUUCGUUAUAGGAUACGAAAUGAUAGAGAAGCUGCCUUGUGGAAAACACUUGAAAGAAAUCCUGCAACGAGACAGAAAGGACAAGAGGGUCUUUACACAUAUGAUCAUAUAUUUAAAUUCAUACCUCAGCAUACCCUUGCUAUUCAGGCUAUUUGUCAAGAACAUCGAAGUUAUUCUAUGGCCGUCCGCCUUGCGAAGCAUUGGUUUUACAGUCAUAUGCUUACCAAUCAUGUAAGUGAUGAAGUGAUUGAACUCUUAAUAGCAAGCGUCUACGUAAAUUCCAAUGCUUGGCAGGCUACUGCUAGUGGAGAAACAGCCUUGUGUAGAAUGUUACAUUUCUUGGCCAAUUGGGAUUGGCGUUUUGAACCCCUUGUAAUCGAUUUCCGCCAAAGAUUACCAACAAACAUACAAUCACAAGCUGCUGAGAAGUUAGAAAUUUUGCGAAAACAGGAUGUGUCAAUGAAUCGGAAUCCGUUCUAUAUCGUCGUGGAUUACGAUUUAGAAAGCAAGCAUGUUGGAUGGAAAACACCGACUAAGAUGAUUGCUAAUCGAAUUACUGUUUUGGCUAGAGCAGCCGUAUCUGAACUGAUGAAACCAGUUACAAAUUUCAAGUCUUUGUUCAAUAGCUCAAUGGACGCAUAUCAUUUCGUGAUCGAAUUACAUGCAGCUAAUAUUCCUACAUACCGUGAAAAUGCAAAACUUAAGUAUAAGAACUUGAAGUCUUUAUCCACUGAAAGACCUGGUUUUUCUCCGGUCAGUGCUUUCAUUGAGGAAAUACAAAAUGCUUUCAAUGAUUCGAUCUAUUUGUUUUACAACAAAGAUGACCCAAAGACGAUUGGUGGUAUAUUCAAUCCUGCCAUUAUGAAUCCACGUCAUUUCAAAAUUAAUAUAAAUUAUCCUUUCAAGGUUGUUGAAAAGGACUCCGUUGUCGUGGACACAACUGCCGUGUGUCAACAGAUACAGCAGAUCGGUGGUGACUUGAUUAAGUCCCUUCGUUUGCAAAUUUAAUAGAGGAUUGACGACUAGAAUAGAUGAUUAGAACGAGCUGAUCUUUUCAUUAACUGGAACUGAACUUAGAUGUAAGUUUGAAGGAAAGGUCACGAGCAUGGAAAAAGCGAAACAUCGUUUUUUGUGGAUAUUUUGGAGUUAAAUACGGCGAAAAUUUUGGGGUUUGGUUUAGAUUAAGGUUAAUUUUAUUUUUAGUAUAGCCAUUUAUACAUGUAAAAUAAGGAAGAAAUUAGGAAUUCAAAAAAAUGCAUUGAUUACUUUAUGAGAAGUGGGUAAAGUGGGGACUAGUACGUAUAAGAAAUAAAAUAAGCAAAACUAAGCGAAAUCAUUUUACUUGACGAA